CAGCAACACCACUAGUUGGCUCGCCAUCCUGCCAUCGCACCGCUUUUGGCGAGCACCCCAGUUCUCGAAAGCUGAGGAUUCGUGCCCAGAGCGGGUCUCUUUGGACUGCUGCAGCUCCGACAGGGAGCAGCUGGGAGAUCGGACUCUCUCAGCUCGCAGUGAGUGGGUGGGCAAUUUGGUUCAGCAUGUGAAUGUAGUUGCGAAGAGUUGGAAGCGAGAGGAUUGUUAGCCAGCGAUGGCUGCUGUUUCGUCGGCGUGCGUGGUGCUCCCUGAAACGAGGGGAGUGGUCGGACAAAGAGGGCAGGAUGGAAACGCUAGUUGCAGUAGUGGGUGGAGGGAUGGCGGGGCGGAGCACGCCUCGAGGCUGUCGAAGGCCAGCAGACGCAGGGUGGCUGCUGUCCGGAGUAUGUUACCUUCAAGAUCGUUAGUUUUUGCGCCAUUGUCACUGCAUCCGCUCGGAAGGACUGUGCAUUGUCGAGCGCUGAAGGUGGAUGAUGCUUUGGUGACCGAGAGCGGUCUUAUCAGUGAAGAAGGAGUUUCUCGUGCUGCAGCUGAGGAGGCGAUGACGUUAGCUUUAGCAGCUGCAAAGGCCGCCAUGGAGGCUGCCUCGUACGCUGAUGCGAUGGCCGUGGAACAGGAGGAGUUUCCGACGGAAUUUGAUCUGCUGAGACUAGAGAGGGCCAGGUUGAGCGAUGUUGAGCAUUCUUUUCGGGUUGAAUUGGAUACAGAGGCUGCCAUGAUGGAGGCCGAGCAGAGUUAUGUGCAGAAGCUAGAAUCGUUGUUGGGAGGUGUUUCCACGCUCGUCCGUGAGGAAGAGGAAACUGCAUCCGUUUCAGAAGAUGAAGAUGAUUCAAACAGCUUACCUCAAAUUCAAGUAGCCGUUAAAUCGAAGCGGAAGGGAGAGAGGAGGAAGAGGCGGGAGCGAGCGUUGGAAAGGGCAGAGAAGGUUGCCACCGAUCUUGCAUCAGCACCCCCUCUCCCAAAACCUAAGAAACCACAGCUUGCGGCGGAUCCUUCAGACCCAGUCCGUGCAUAUUUGCGAGACAUAGGAAGGACGAAGUUGCUAACAGCAAGAGAAGAAGUCGAUCUCUCUCAUCAAAUUCAGGAUCUUUUGAAGUUGGAGAAUAUCAAGUCUAACCUUGAGCGAGAGAUAGGAAGGAAUGCCACAAUUGGAGAGUGGAGUAGAGCGGUAGGAAUGGAACAGAAUGCAUUUGAAGCGCGGCUUAAGAAGGGUCGAUUCGCCAAGGACAAAAUGGUGAAUUCGAAUUUGCGGUUGGUUGUCUCGAUUGCGAAAAACUACCAGGGCCGAGGCAUGACUCUUCAAGAUUUAAUUCAGGAAGGGAGCAUGGGAUUGGUGAGAGGAGCGGAGAAGUUCGACCCGACCAAGGGGUUUAAGUUCAGCACUUACGCACAUUGGUGGAUUAGGCAGGCUGUAACGCGAUCAAUUGCGGAUCAAUCUAGGACUAUUCGUUUACCUAUUCAUUUAUACGAAGUUAUCUCACGUAUCAACAAAGCAAAGCGAAUGCUGGUUCAGGAGCAUGGGCGGGAAGCACGUAACGAGGAAGUGGCUGAGCUAGUGGGCUUGACUGUUGAGAAACUGAAAUCUGUAGUGAAAUCAGCAAAGGCACCAGGUUCGAUGGAGCGGCCCAUUGGCAAAGAUGGGGACACUACACUUGGGGAACUUGUCGCAGACACAGAUGUGGAUUCACCUGAGGACGCAAUCGUAAAGCAAUUGAUGCGACAAGAUAUAGAGGGCGUUCUACGCACAUUGAACCCAAGAGAGAGGGAGGUGCUAAGACUGCGUUUUGGAUUGGACGAUGGGCGGUCCAAGACUUUAGAAGAAAUAGGUCAAAUCUUUAAAGUUACUCGGGAAAGGAUAAGACAAAUUGAGGCAAAAGCGAUGCGCAAGCUGAGGCAACCCAGCCGGAACAGCAUUCUACGAGAGUACUUAGAUGUGAAAUCUGACGCUAUUUAAUUGCUGCUGAUUGAUAGUACCUACCAAACCAGGAAAAAGGCAUUUGGUAAUGUUUCGAUCAGAAAGUAGACUGUUACAUAAGUUUCCAUUCUUUUAUGUUUGAAUACUACCAGAAGUGGAUUUCUUCUGCUGCUUUGACACAAGAGAACCCUUCGUUAUGUGAGUGUUCAUCCUGUUACAGAAUUGACUACCAGAAUAUGACACCAUUUGGAUUACUCAGC